CACAUUGAAGCAAAAGUUAUGGCAGUACUGUUGUGGACUACUGUGAAAUAGAGUGUGUUUUCAUAAUGGUGGACCAAAUCUUAAAUGGGUGGUUCAGCGAAAUUCAAAAUGAAUUGUGGCCGGGCCAAGCAUUUUCAUUAAAACUAUCGAGAGUUCUUCAUGAAGAAAAGUCAAAAUACCAGGAUAUCAAAGUACUAGACACUGCCACGUAUGGGACAUGUUUAGUUUUGGAUGGAAUUAUUCAGUGCACUACUCGGGAUGAGUUUUCCUACCAAGAAAUGAUAUCAUUUUUACCGUUAAAUAGCCAUCCUGCUCCGAAAAAAGUUCUUAUUGUGGGAGGUGGUGAUGGAGGUGUUGCGCGAGAAGUUUCGAAACAUCCUUUAGUUGAAGAAAUUCAUCAAGUAGAAAUUGAUGAAAGAGUAGUAGAGUUAUCAAAAGAAUUUUUACCAAAUAUGGCCUGUGGAUUUAAAAACCCCAAAGUUAAGCUUACCAUUGGAGAUGGAUUUAAAUAUAUGAAAGAACAUGCAAACGAAUUCGAUGUAAUUAUAACUGAUAGUUCAGAUCCUGUUGGUCCUGCAGAAUCAUUGUUUCAAGAAAGUUACUAUGAACUCAUGAAAAAUGCGUUGCGGCCAGGAGGCAUAGUGUGCUCCCAGGGAGGAAGCUUUUGGUUGAACUGUGCGUAUGUUAAAAAGAUUAUGGAUGGAUGUAAAAAGCAUUUUACCAAAGUAUCAUACGCUCAUACAUCAAUUCCAUCGUAUCCAUGUGGACAUAUUGGUUUCGUGAUUGGUUGUCUUGAUUCGAAUACAAAUUUCAAAACCUCGUUACACAAUCUCAGUGAAGCGGAAUUGGAAAACAUGAAACUGAAAUAUUAUACCAGAAAUAUACAUUCUGCGGCUUUUUCAUUACCACGAUGGGUAGAAUUAUUUCUCUCUAACAAAUAAGUAGAAGUAAAACUUUAGUUUUGUUUUAGGUUUUUAAAUGAAAAAACCCAAACAAUAAACGUGUUUUUCGCUUCGAAAA